AUGUUUAUGCAUGAGCAAGCAGCUAAACCGACCUUGAUACUUUAUUCUGAAUGGCUUGACAUGAUGUCAAGUCGACACCAUAAGCACCAUGACAUUUGUGACAUUGUCUGUCAAAGUAUUUUGUCUUGUUUUAUAACUGUCUUCUUGCUCCACAUAAACAGCUAUAGGAGACGAUGUGUACUUCUUCCUGCUGUGCAUGCUCAGAUCCAUCGGUGCAUCAGUUGCUUCCUCGUGUGGAAGACUACUGGCCAUGUA